UCUUUUGGACCGUCCUGUCUCUUUCCUUCCUGCUGCCGCGAGUUCCUCACGCAGCCGCAGCCCUCUUCGUCCUCACGCAGCCGCAGGUCCUGCUGCCGGGAGUUCCUCAAGCAGCCGCAGCCGCUGCCUCUUCGUCGUCGUCGUCUCCCUCGCACAUUCAGAUUCAUGUACCUUGCUCUUCUCUGCCCAUUCGGUCUGCGCAGUAAAAAAAAUGCCAUUAUGCGAGGUGAACAAGUAUCAGAAGUGGGAGGAUGGAUCAAUUUCUUACAAUACUAUGAGAAUCUUCUACCAGAAGUAUAGUCGCUGCCUCACCAAGGUCCUCCUCAUAACUGGAUUGGCGGGUACUCAUGAUUCAUGGGGUCCUCAGAUCAAAGGGUUAGUAGGGACCGAUGCCCCAAACAAUCAAGAAGGAAGGGGCCAUCCAACUUCAGUCGUGUCCAUCGGUCUUGAAUCCAACGGCUCCGACGGUGAUGCUGGGAGCCAAGAUGGUGGUUGAAUGUGGGAAGAUGGUGACAUUGAGGUGUGCAGUUUCGAUAAUCGCGGAAUGGGCCGCAGCUCCGUGCCCAAAGACAAGUCAGAUUAUACUUGAAGUCGACUCAGGAAUUGCUUGAAUGGACUUGAAUCUUCUCCAAAUCUUGUCAUGAGUCAAUGUUUCGGCAAAAUAGAACCUGAUUUGGCCCGACACGGCACGUAUUGCCCUUGACUCGCACAGAAUCGCCCUGACUCGCUCACGUUCUUCAGACGCCAGUGGGGCCAAGUUGAUCCAGAACAGUUUUGUUUGUUCUCCAGCUGUUGUGCCCCAACCCGGACCGUAAACGUUAUGCUGCUCACUCCCCUCUCCAGCUUCCAGUUAGUUCCCGACCAAUGACCCCGAAAUUCUACUGCCAGAUUUCUCUUGUGGAUCCACCUAUAAGCUCCGUCUAAACUCACUGCAACUGCAUGGAUUCUCUUGUGGCCACCACACCAACUUUCUCAUGCGAAACCCAAGCUUCUUCUUUAUCUGGAGAUGCCGCCACCUUCCCCUCUACAGCAGCGGCAUCCCACGUCUCUAUAGAUUUGACACCCAGCACCAGAAAACAACCAUUUCCCGACCGAACCAUGAAACAGUCAAUGAAAAGAAGAGUGACAACAUCGGUCCUCGUGUUCAACUCCCUGAUAACAGAGCAUAGCAGGCGUGGCAACCUCGCUGAUGCAAAGGCCGUCUUUGAUGGUAUGCCGUUCAGAAACGUUGCCUCUUGGACUGCAAUGCUCACUGCUUGUGCCGAGAACAGUGAAAUUGAGAACGCACGCAAACUAUUCGACACAAUGCCUCAGAGAAACUUGAUCGCAUGGAAUGCCAUGAUGUCGGGCUAUAUAAGCAACCGAAGACUGGGGGAUGCUUAUCAGCUCUUUCGAUGUAUGCCAGAAAGGAAUUCAGUUUCCUGGACUGUGAUGAUUACUGGACUUAUUCGGAAUGGUAUGUUUUCUGAAGCUAAGACUCUGUUUGACCGAAUGCCUGGGGAGAAGAAUCUGAUUUCUUUGAAUGCGAUACUUACUGCAUAUGUGAAUAAUGGUGAGAUGCAAAGUGCACGCCAACUGUUUGACGCGAUGGACCAAAGAAAUGUUGUCUCCUGGAGCAUUAUGGUAUACGGCUAUUCAAGCACGGGCAGGAUUGUCGAAGCUCAGGAAUUAUUUGAUGAGAUGCCUGAGCGGAAUGUAGUUUCUUGGACAACAAUGAUUGAUGGCUAUUUACGGAAAGGUAUGUGGAAAGAAGCAUUGUCUAUGUUCUCAAGGAUGAGAAGGCUGGCAGUGAUGUUCAACUCAACUACCCUGACAGUUCUGUGCGAUCUCCAUGCAAAUGGUGGCAACAAAAGAUGGGGUAUUCAGGUUCAUGCUUUGGCGUUUGUCGUGGGUUUUGAGUCAGACCAAAUCUUGAGGAAUGCUUUAAUCGUCAUGUACUCAAGGAAUGGAAUGACGAGCCAUGCGUCCAAGGUCUUUGAUAGCAUGAAGAACAAAAGUAUAGCUGCGUGGAAUUCCAUGAUUGCAGCGUACGGUCAACUUGGAUGGCUUGAUCAGGCCUACAAUUUGUUCCUCAAAAUGCCAAAGAGAGACCUAGUUUCUUGGACCACAAUGAUUCUGGGGUUCUCAAACGUCGGAUAUAUGCGAGAUGCGAUUUGGCUGUUGGAGAACAUGCCAGACAGAGAUGUGAUAGCAUGGACAACAGUGAUCUCUGGUUUUGUACAAAAUGGCGAGUUUGAGCAUGCAUUUGUAUGGUUCAUUAGGAUGCUCAGAGAAGGGCUUCAACCAAAUGAAGUGACUUUUAGCUGCCUAAUAAGUGCGUCCUCAGGGUUAGCACUAUUUAGCCAAGGUGUGCAAGUCCAUGCUUGUGCUCUGAAAAAUAACUUCCAGUCAGAUUAUGUGGUUUCGAACUUGCUUAUCUCCAUGUACUCCAAAUGUGGCAGCAUAGCAGAUGCAUACAAGAUUUUCCGAAGUACCAAUAGUCAUGAUUUGGAGUCUUGGAAUUCAAUGAUCUAUGGGUUUGCUCAGCAUGGUCAUGGUAACAAUUCACUCGAGCUAUUCAAGACCAUGCAAGCAGUUGGCAAGGAACCAAACCAUGUUACGUUUCUUUGUCUACUCACGGCAUGUGCCCAUGCAGGCUUAAUAUGUGAAGGAUGGCACUACUUUUAUUUGAUGUGGUCUUCAUAUGGAAUCAAGCCUGGGCCGGACCAUUAUGCUUGUAUGGUUGACCUUCUCGGUAGGGCUGGAUUAUUGGAAGAAGCAUUCACCUUAAUCAGCCAAAUGCCAUUUGAGCCUCAUGCAGCUGUAUGGGGAGCUUUACUUGGUGCAAGUAGAACUCAUGCAAACAUCAGGCUUGCAAAGGCUGCUACGCAUCAUCUUUUGAGAUUAGAGCCUCAAAGUGCUACUGCCUACGUGGUGUUGUCAAAGAUGUACUCCAUGUCCGGUCGAAAGAGGGAUGAGAAAAAACUUAGGAUGAUCAAGAGGCUGAAAGAUAUAAAGAAGAAGCCAGGAUAUAGCUGGAUCGUUGUGAACUCUGAAGUUCACUUGUUCCUUGCUGGAGGUCGAUCGCAUCCAGAGCUCUCAAGAAUAAGUUCUUUGCUAAGGAAUAUCUCAUUGAUGACGGGAGAACUUGCAGUGUGAUGAGAAGGUAUAAUCUGGACUUCACCAUCAGGCCUGAUCUAUUCUGCCGACUGGUUUGUAUGGAGUGGCUGGUUUGAGCGAAGGAAAUGAGCUUUGGCAAUCUUGCCCACCAGCUUGCAUCGUGCUGAAACAACUGUUUCUGAAAAAAAGACAUUGAGAUCAUCGAGUAAUCGAAUGUGGAUGCCCCUCCAUUCCCCUGCGGCUGCCAGUUGCAAGCCCGCCGAACUUUCUUGGGCAGCCAACCAAGAUUAACAAAAUGUUGGCUAAAGGUCAAUAGGCCAUACUCUUCCAAGUUAACCACUAUAAAACACUUACAAAGUUUAGGUGACACAUUUGGAUUUUGGGCCAGUAUCUUGCUUUGCAAAGUUGGCAAUAGUAUCUACAUUGUCCAAAAUACAGAAGGACGAGUAAAAUACAAAACGCGUUGCAUUGUGAUGAUGUCGAUUUGCUAACUUAAAAAAUACGAAAGAGUUUGUAUUACCAUUUGAAGAUGCUUCUACAUCUUGGGCUGAUGGUCGCAGAUAGCUAUGCACUGACGCAAGCCACCUCACAUCGGCUUGGUUUUUCUUUUUUUUUUUUUUUGGUUUUUUUCCCAGCAAUCUACCACUUCUUUUGUAACAGGGAAACCCAGAGCGUUAGGAAAAAAGUUUUAAUGCCUGAUUUCAAUUUGGCAAAUCCAAGGAAGAGAAUUUACCAAUCCAUUUUACCAUUCAUUCACCCUUAAUUUCAAGUACCAGUGUCACAAAAAACACAUUCUUUUGAAAAAACUUUGAAAAAUGUGAUAAAUUAAAUUGCCAUUUAAAACUUCUUAAAACGUGUUUUUUUUAAAAUGUGUUUUUAAACAUAAAAUGAAAAAAUGUGUUUUAAAUGCAUUUUUUGUUUUUUUUUUCAUUUUUUUAGUGCCAAACAGUUUUUUUUUGUUUUGUAUUUUUUAUUUGUUGCAAGUCUAUUUAUCUUUUGAUGUUUGCGUUAUUACUUUCUCUCUUAUUUUAUUUUUUUUUAUUUUUAGUUCUUUAAAAUUUUUAAAAAUUUACGGUACUUUUCCCUUUUUUUCAGGCUCGCUGUAUUAUACAUGAGAAAAACCUCGUCAUUUAAAACUUCGAAACAUUAUUUGUGACUAUGCUUCCUUUCAAGAAAGAUGAAGAAAAAGCAGUUGGUGGUAGCUCAGGCUACACAUUGAGCAAAGCCAGUCUGGCCUGAGCCCAAUAACUCUGGAAAGAGGCUGUUCAGCCAGAAAGAAAAAAACAUAGAAACCCUCAGCACUGGGGGGUUCUAUUGGAUAGUGGCCAUGAGCCCUAUCCCUUCCUCUCGUAAUGUGAGGGGGUUCACUCGCAGUUACAAGAUGGACUUUGCUAACUUGUUUUUCAAACUAAUGAUUUUCAUUCAAAACAAACUUUGAUUUUGCGUUAUCCUUUUUCCUAAAAUCUCUCACUGGCCCUAACCACAAGUUAGGCAUAUGGGAAAACCUAUGAGACUAGUUAUAUAAGCCCAAGGAUGCUUCAAUUAGGGUUUAAUCUUGGUAUUACCCUUGCUUGAGCCUCAUAGAAGCAAUGCCGGCUACUUUCUCCGCUUCUGUUCAUGUCUCUCUUAUUUUACUCUCUUUCUCCCUUGCUACCCUUGCUCGUCUGUUUUUGGUGCAGUCCCAGCUGCCUUUGGAGCUUCCACCGUUUGUGCCCUUUUCUGGAGACUCCGCUGGUACACCUCCUGAGGAAACGCAGAAGAUUGAAGGCAACCUCCAUUGCACUAACUCCAAUAGUGGUAUCAGAGCCAGAUUGAUCAAUAUCGUCUGAAACAAGUAAAAUUAUAAAAGAUGGCAAACAAAAGGAAAGGAAAUGUUUCAGAUUCUCCUGCAGUAGGUUCUUCAUCUAGUGUGAAUGUGGAUGAUAUUAAUGUUUCAAAGUCUUCUACACUACCUCUGGUGCCUGGUGAAGCAUACGCAACUGAAGAACAACCACUAGGAAAGAAAUGAAAGCAGUCACUAAAGAUGUAGGCAGUGGUGGUGGAAAUGUGCAUUUUGUAUGUGGAUACUGUGAAGUUACAUUUGUAGGAUCAAAACUAGAGUAUAUUUCUUGUUGAAUUGAUGAUUGAUAAUGAUAUCAUGAUUAGCAAAUUACAAUUUUGAUUUUGUUAUUUAAUAAUUUUGUGGUU